AAGUCCGGCUCACUGUCUGGCCAGUUCGUUGGGAUGAGUUUGCGGAUAAAGUGUUAAAAUGAGGUACCGCGUACAAUGGCUUUUGGUUCUAGUCGGAGUGUUUGAUUUUUGUCGAUCGAUGACCUACGAGGAACGAAUCUAUCUCCAGCAGCAUCGACGUCAGCCCAACAUGUUUAUGCUAUUGAGGAAAUACUUGCUGUGGCCACCGCAAUCUUCCAUCGUUCCGCCGAUAACCUCAGAGCCAACCAUAAAAAUUAAGCCAUUAAUCGUCGGAGGAGACUCAACAUCGACCGACAUUUAUCCCUAUCAACUGUCGUUAAGAUAUAGUGGAAUACACAUUUGCGGUGCAACGGUGAUUGCUGCACAGUACGCGCUAACUGCUGCCCAUUGUUUGGACGAUGGAAGUUAUCCAGAUUUUAUUACCUUCCGUGGCGGCAGUCCCCAUCGGUUUGCCGGCGGUUAUUUGUACCAUGCGGUCUCGUACGAACUCCAUCCGCUGUACCAGCCGGAAACAUUCGACAACGACGUGGCGGUAGUCAAAAUUAGUGAAAACUUUCUCGAUCAGCUACAGCGUGUGCUGCUGGUAGACGAGAGCAUUCGGGCGGACUGUUCCGACUAUCCGGCAACGGUUAUUGGUUGGGGAACGGCAGCCGACGAAUAUGUUCCCAUGAUUCUUCAGGAGCUCCAGGUAUUGGAACAACCGAGGACUAUAUGUGAAAAAGUGUGGAUAGAGCAAAUAACAGAUAGGAUGUUGUGCGCGGGAGGAGUUUUGGGACAGGACACCUGCAAUGGCGAUAGUGGUGGUCCACUGAUUUGCAACGGGUAUCAGAUAGGGAUAGUAUCCUGGGGCUCCGCCAAGUGUGCUAUCGAGAUGCCGGCAGUGUUCACAAACAUAACAAACCCUGCGAUACGAGACUUUAUUAGAGAACAGGCCUUCGUUUGAUUGGUACAAAUUACUUCUUAAGUUAAAGUGAAAUAAAUGUUAACAGAUGAUCAGUAUUUUUUGGUUUGCUUUUAAAUCACUUUUGAACGGAGAAUUCGCGCUACUGUAAUAUAUUUUUUUUCGAUAUUAUAAGUAAUUUGGAGUUCAAUAUUUCUAACAAAAUCAAAUAUUCUGAUAGCGAAAAAGUAUUUAUAAAAGUAAGUUAAAUUACCUACCUUAUAUGCAGCAUAGGUCACUAGAAUAAUAGAAGAUAAAAAAUCUGUAGUAUACUGAGAAUUUUAAUAAACUUAUUCGAUAAUAUUUUUUUCAGUUCCAGUUACGGUAAUAAAAUUUCAAAUAAAAUAUAAUUCCUUAACAAAAUAACCCCUCUCAACUGAAACCCGAGAAUAAAAUCAUUGAUUGAGCGAUUUGAACAUGGAGCUUCUUCGUGCAAGAGUUGGAUUUCUGAAAAUCAGCAUGGAUUUUUCACUAAAAGAUCAGUAACUUAAGACCUGGCUGUUUUCACAUCAUUCUGCUUAUCCAAUA